AUGAGUUUGUUCGAAGAAAUUACAAUUCAGCAGGUUGGCAUUACAUACAAACAACCUUUAGGGUUGUUUAUUAAUAAUGAGUAUACUGCGUCAUCGGACGGUGGCAAGAUUCAGACUAUUAAUCCUGCUACUGAAGAAUAUAUUACAUCUUUUUAUGCAGGUACGGAGGAAGAUGCUGAUCGAGCAGUGGUGGCAGCUAGAGAAGCAUUUGAAAAUCAUUGGAGGAAGACUUCGCCUAAGGAACGAGGUGACUUGCUUUACAAGUUGGCAAAUAUAGUGGAAAGAGAGAAGGUUUUGCUUGCAGCUCUUGAGACGUUGGAUUCAGGGAAGCCUUAUCACUCGAAUUCUUUGGGGGAUAUUAAUGAGGUGAUCAAGGUAACGCGUUAUUUUGCCGGUGCAGCUGAUAAGUUUAACCAGGGCAAUAUUUCGUCUUCAAACCAUGAUAAAUAUGGUUAUUCAUUGAAGGUGCCGUAUGGUGUUGUUGCUCAUGUGAUUCCUUGGAACUAUCCUCUUUUAAUGGCAUGUUGGAAGCUUCAAGGCUGCUUAGCUGCGGGUAAUUGUAUUGUUGUCAAGCCUGCAGAGAACACUAGUUUAUCCUUGUUGUAUUUUGCGCAAUUAGUAAAGGAGGCGGGUUUCCCGCCCGGGGUAUUCAACGUAGUUCCAGGGUAUGGUCCUGUAGCUGGGUCUCGAUUGGCUUUACACCCGGAUGUGGAUAAAAUUGGGUUUACUGGGAGUACUGCAGUAGGUAAGAAAAUUAUGUCAAUGGCCGGACAAUCUAAUCUGAAGGAUGUGACAUUAGAAUGUGGGGGCAAGACUGCAGCUAUUGUAUUGGAUGAUGCUAUUUUAGAAGAUGCUAUUGAUUGGUUAACGCUUGGUAUUUUCUUCAAUUCUGGCCAGAACUGUACCGCAAAUUCGCGUAUAUACGUGCAAGAAUCGAUCUUUGAUGAAUUUUUGAGCAAAUUCAAAGAGAACACUUUUAAAAACUGGAAGUUUGGAAAUAACUAUGACCCUUUCGAUCCUGAAUGUACGAUGGGUCCAUUGAUUUCUAAAGUACAAUACGAUCGCGUGUCGGGUUACUUAUCUCAUGGUAAAGAAACCGAAAAAUUAGAAGCGAUUGAACUUGGUGUUGUGAAGAAUGGUAUAGGAUUCUUUGUUCCGCCAACGAUAUUUAUUAAUGUCCCGCAAGAUUCUAAAUUGUGCAAAGAAGAAAUUUUUGGUCCAGUUGCUGUAAUCUCGACAUUUAAGAAUUACGAUGAGGCUGUAGCGCUAGCUAAUGACUCAGAUUACGGAUUGGCAUCUUGCAUUUUCACCGAAAAUGUCCGCAAGGCAAAUCAAUUUGUUCGCGAUGCAAGGAGUGGCACAGUUUACGUCAAUUGCUCCAACGAAGAUGAUAUAAGUCUUCCAUUUGGCGGGUUCAAAAUGAGUGGAAUUGGUAGAGAACUCGGCUAUGCUGGCAUGGAAUCGUAUUUGCAACUCAAAUCUGUUCACAUGAACAUUGGCAACCCUUCGUUUUUAUAG